UCACAUGCACAGUUUCUCAUUGUGUCUGUAUAGGGCAUGCAUCAACAAAGGUACAGAUUUCGACGUGGUUUAUGAAGUUUUUAGGAGAUGAAUCCCAUGGCAUCGUGUUCAGAAGCCACUUCCCACCCCUUCUUCCUACUAAUAAGAUUCCUCUAUUACGUGGGUCGUCUUGCAGACACCUGGAACUUUGCCCACAGGUCUCAUUGGUGUACAGAGCAAGCAGAGAGGUAGGCUAGCUGUGAUGUGUCUUCAUGAGGAACGUCAUCUGACAGAGAUUGCUGUGGACGACCAAGAACUCGGCCGUAAAGCAGGAUGACUUGAAGUCACGAGUGAACUGAGCGGACAGGAAAGAGGCAACAGAACCAGCCCAACAGCCAGGCCGCACAGUCCAGUCACCGUCAAGCUGCAUUAGUAUAAAUUCACCCCGCAUGGUGGAGACACGCAGCGUAUACUCAUAUAAGUCCACUCUUGCGGUCAUCCGUCAGGUCGGAGAGCUUUGGUCCGUCGCUGAGGUCGUGUCAGUGAUGCAGAAAUGGUGGUGAUGUUGAGUACGGUAUGCUUGAAGACGGUUGGCACACACUCUGCUCACCGAUGGCAUUCACAGACGAUGCAGUGAAGAGGAAGGAGCCUAUAAAUAUAUGCGUAUCAUUAAAUGAUUUAUGUGCAGUUUAAAGACAAGACAAAGAUCUUUUUGGCGUUUUACUGCAACUCUUCAUGAUUCUGGUGGAAUGUACGAUUCUGUUAAAAUAAUGACUUAAUGAUUGAACAUUUGUGCCUAAUAGUUUUGUGACGCGUUGGUCAAAAGCAGGAGUUAAAAAGUGUUUCAGAACGGUUCUACAACAUUAUUUGCAAAACAUCGAAUCCGUGUUACUACAAAAUGAGGUCGAUGAAACGGAAAGUGUCUCGGUCUAACAUCAUUAGCGAUAUUCAGUUGUUAGUGUUGUUAAUGGUAUACAAUUGUCUUGGUGUGAUAAUCUUCGGUGAAGAAGGUAUUUUUGAGAAAGUACCGGUGUACUGGGGGUAGUGACGCUAGUAUGUGGCGGAUGUUGGUACGCGUGUACCUGUUCGUUAGCUGUUGUUCCGAUGUUAUAGUGGUUAUGUCUCGCCAGCAUCAGCCGAAACACAACUCAGCGAAGUGUGGCGGUGACAUCAGCAGUGACAAAGGAGUGAUACAAACGCCCGGGUUUCCUGGUCCAUUUCCAGUCCCAAUCAGAUGCCAGUGGGUUAUAGACGCGUCUGAUCGUGUGCCUCCAAAUAACUACUCCAUCGUCAUUUAUCUAACACAGCUUUAUGUAACAACAGGCUUAACGUUCACAGAAUUUGCAUUUUUUGAAAAAGGAGCUACUCCAAUGGGAAAGCAACUUGUACACACUGUGACAGAACAGAAUGUAACUCUGGUACACUGGCUGUGGACGCGCAGCCCCUAUCUCGUCAUAGACUUCACACUGGACCGUCUAGAGGGAAACCACCUGCGAGUAAUGGAUAAUCUGCUGGAUGUGUAUGGCUUCAACAUAACGUACGAGAUCAGCGGCAGGGACAACCCUGUGCGUCCUAAUUCUUGCAACGCCAUCCUCUGCUCCUUCCUGGGCAACUGCUACGCCAACAGGGACUUCGCGCGCUUCUGGUGCUCGUGUUUUGAGGGAUUUUCCGGGCCAAAUUGCGGGAAAGGUCCCGGCUGCGAGCGAGGAAGGCAGAUUUGUCAAAAUGGAGCGUCAUGCUGGCACAUGGGUUCUGAUGCUAUCCUGUGCAAUUGUACUCCUGGAUUCACUGGCAGCCGCUGUGAAAUUCCACUGCCGGACCCUCGGGAUGCAUCCGAAUGUGGGGAGGCAGGUUGUGUGUUCCAGUGCCCCUACCAAAGUGGUCGAGAUUCUGUGUGCAAUUGUCCGAGAGGGCCCAAAGUACCAACAGAUGGAGCACGCUACGAAGGCUCAGUUCGUCUGGCGAACCUUACUACAUUACGGAACAACAUGGCUGCCAUGGAGCCUGCUCGGACUCUUCAGAACAUACUAGAAAAACAGAUCGCAAAAUAUCUCAGAAGUUCUAAUUUAUCGAAGCUGGAGGACUUGAAAGUCUUGAAUAUAACCCCUGGAGCUGAAGUUAUGUUUCACUUCUUUGGUGGGAAAAGGGAUGGCGGCAAAGUGCGAGAAGCGCUCAACAAUCUUAUAAAACGAGGUCGUCUGGGAAACCUGACACUAGUACCAACUCACCUAGCAUUCAAGCAAGAACCAACAUUACUUUUGCAGAGCGUGAAAGUGAACCACCAAGUUCCGAUAGUGAAAGAGGGAGAUGAGUUCAUCCUGUCAUGCAUAGCUCAGGGGUCUUCCUAUAUGACGUUCCGUUGGUACAAAGAUGGAGCAUUUGUCAACAAGAAUAAAACUCUCAGAAAUAUGUGGACCAAGUUGUUGCCGAUGGACUCCGAAGACAAGUACACAGCUCUGCUGGGUAUUGAACGUGCUUCUCAUCUCGAUGAAGGGGUUUACACCUGUCAGGUGGUAGACUGGGACAUGCAGCAGUGCAGAUCUAUCCGUCUUGAAGUUCUUGUUCGGCCGGAGGUGGAGGUGAUUCCAAAGAGCAUCACUGUUGAGAGGGGUGAGGGUGUGAGCAUAAAGUGCAUGUCCCCAAAUGACCAACGACAUGAGAAGUUUGGGUACAACUGGACCAAGAACAAGGUCCUUCUUCGCAUGGUACCAGGAGUUGAGGUGUGGGAAGAUCUGCACCCUGCAGGAAGCAUACUCAAGAUCUAUAAUGCACAAAAAUCAGCAGUCUACACUUGCACAGUACACGGGAGUGUAGCAAGUGAGGCAAAGAGCGUAUAUGUGGACGUUGUAAAUCGCUCUGUGGUUCCCAUGUGUCAUGAAGAAAAAAUGCUUGGAAUUCAGUGGCCCGACACUGCACCAGACCUGGAUGCGGUUCAAGAUUGUCCGUUUCACUAUUUGGGUGUUACAAGACGCCGAUGUACCCUGCGUAACACCUUCUUUACAAAGUGGAAUCUUCCUGACUUCUCUAGUUGCAUAUCUGAAGAUAUUGAAAACAUUCAUAAUAAUUUCCGCAGUCUAACCCUGGGAUACCAAAAGACCUCUGGCAAUGCAACUUUGAAGGCCUGCCAUGAGUAUCUUGAUCGCUGUACCCUGGAGAAGGGGAGGCAGUACUAG